AAUGGGCUACACAGAGAGUGAAAGAGAGGUGAAGAGAAAAGCUGUUCAGAUAUUCGAGGAAGAAAAUGGAUGCAUGGAUCAUGAGAGGGUUGUUUCUGGUAAUGGCUUUUAUGAUUGUGGGGAGAGGAGAAGGGCAACUCGCCGAAAACUUCUACAGCUCGAGCUGUCCAAACGUCGAGUCCAUAGUGCAGCAGGCAGUGUCCACAAAGUUUUCCCAGACGUUCACCACAAUCCCGGCAACUCUGCGUUUAUUUUUUCAUGACUGCUUUGUUGAGGGAUGUGAUGCCUCGGUCAUGAUAUCAUCGCCAAAUUCCGACGCGGAAAAGGACGCCCCAGACAAUCUUUCCCUAGCAGGAGAUGGGUUUGACACUGUAAUUAAGGCAAAGCAAGCAGUUGAAGAAGCAUGCCCUGGCAUCGUCUCAUGUGCAGAUAUUUUGGCUCUUGCUGCCAGGGAUGUUGUGGUCCUGGCUGGAGGCCCUUCAUUCAAUGUAGAGCUUGGACGUCUUGAUGGCCUUAUUUCCCUCGCAUCUCGGGUUGCCGGUAACCUGCCAGAACCUACCUUUGAUCUCAACCAGCUCAACACCAUUUUUGCCAAAAACAAUCUUGACCAAAUUGACAUGAUUGCACUGUCCGGAGCACACACUCUGGGAUUCUCACACUGCAGCCGCUUUGCCGACCGUUUGUACAACUUUUCCUCAAGCUCUGUUACGGACCCUUCUCUGAAUCCCGACUAUGCCAAUCAGUUGGAAUCGGAAUGCCCUCAGAACGUAGACCCGAGAAUUGCCGUCAACCUGGAUCCCGUAACACCUCAAACUUUUGACAAUAUAUACUACCAAAAUCUGGUCGGAGGAAAGGGCUUGCUCAGUUCAGAUCAGGUGCUCUUCACUGACUCUGUAUCUCAGUCUACUGUCAUCGAUUUUGCUAACAAUCCUGGUGAUUUCAAUGGAGCGUUCGUCACGGCAAUGAGGAAGCUUGGAAGAGUGGGGGUUAAGACUGGUAACAACGGACAGAUUAGAAGAGACUGCUCAGCCUUCAAUUCACAGCAAUAAUUACAGGUUCCAAUAAGGAGAACAUGAUGAUCGUGAAAUAAAUCAAUAAUAUCCUGGAAGGGAAUUCAAUCUGUCAAUUAUGUAUAUGUUUACAUACAUGUGUAUGCAGUCGAUCAAUAAAUUUCUUUACAUGGGGUUUUAGAUAUUCAA